CUGGACAAUGUUCGGCGCUGGUCGGCUGGUGUCCGGCCUCUUACCCACCGUCUUCCCCUCGCCCGCGACCCACUUCUUCCCAGCAUUCCAUGCGAGGCUGGCCUCUCCGGCGGCGGGACACCUUCUGUUCCCGGGGCCCUUCCUAAGCUACGAGUCACUGAGGAGUUACCUGCAGCCCCACCCCGGCAAGGCGGAAGCCUUCCUGCUGGCCUCGCACGCGGCCGCCAUGGGCCGACUCACAGAGGGGAUGGAUGAACAGAGGCCAGCGAAGCAGCGGCGUGCGCGCGCCAACUACAGCGGCUGGCAGCUGGAGGAGCUGGAGAAGGCCUUCGAGAGCACCCACUACCCGGACAUCUUCAUGAGGGAGGCCCUGGCCCUCCGGCUGGACCUCAUGGAGGCACGGGUGCAGGUGUGGUUCCAGAACCGCCGCGCCAAGAUGCGACGCCAGCUGAAGCUCCAGAGCCAGCUGGCGGAACGCUACACCGCCGCGGACGUCAAGGCCACGGGGACCUGCGGCCAGGACGCACAGAGGGACCUCAAGAGUUCCCCCCACGCGGCCGAGGGCUCCGACGGCGAGCGAUGGGAGGGACGAGAGGACUUAUGGGCGGCGGAUGCGACCCGAGACGCGACCCAGGACCGGACGCGGCCCGUUGGCGGGAGGUGGGGGGGUGGCGGCGGCGUUGGGGGCGGCGGUGGGGAGGGUCCCAGCUCGGAGGACUUGCGUUCCUGCAGCAUCGCCAAGCUGCGGGCCGAGGCCAGGAGACACGCAGCAGAGAUACGAGGCACGGCGGCGGUGGCGUCCAGAGAGGAGGAGGAGGAGGGCGCGUGCGUCACACACACAGGAAGAGGGCUACAGGAGGCAUGACGGAUGGCCUUUUGCUCCUACUUGUACUUCCUGUGUGUACUGAACAGUCUGAUUAAGAGGAGUAUGGGGAGUCUUUGAACUAUCUAUAGCCCAAAUGAGGUCAGAGAGGGACUUAUUUAGUUGGAAGGCUCUAAUGGGAGGGCCUUAGUUAAGUUUUGCUGAUGUUUAUCUUUUACUUUAUUUCAUUCUUAUUUUUUUACUCUUUUGAGUUUACUUGUCUUGUUUGUACAGUUUGGUGCCCAUUAUAAAGGAGUUUUGUCUUGGAACAUUCAUUAAUAUUUACUUUUUAUAUUCCUGCCAGGCCUUUUUUUGUUAUUGCGUAACAUUUUUUUAUAUAGCUGUUUUGCUCCUUUUUUAUUUCAUAUAUCUAAAAGUGUACAUAGCUUUGUUUAGUAUUUGUCUCAAAAUAAAAGUAUACAGCCAACAUAAAAUGUGUUGACUACACGGUAAAGUGAACAUGUAAAACAAAAAAAGGUGAAAUAUCUCUGAAGGCAAACAUAAUCUCCAAACAAACAAACAAUCAUGGUUUUAAAGAAAAGGGGUCUGUACUCUGUAGAUGUCUGAAUGAUGUCAUCAGUUUUCAGGCUUCCUCUGACCGGCAGGAUGUCUGACCCAACACAAGACACAAACUCGUACAGGAAACUAUGGAAGUAGCUGUAAAUUGACCUUGCCAACUGUCACCUCAGAAAGUAAUCCACAACUCAUAUUCUGUAUCUGUCAUUUAACCCUGAAUUCGAAAAGAGUCAACAAUUGUGUGGUUACAAUUUUAAUUGGAUAACAAUAGAGUCCAGGAACAUCAACAGAAGUUGUGUUCAAGAACAUCAUUUGGUGUUUGGAGACACCUAGCCUCACAUAUCGUGUUUCACCAAAUAAUUAAAUUCUGCCUGUGUAGGAGUCAAAUAUUGUUUCAGGUACCAUAUGAGUAUUGGAUGUUGUAUAUAUAUUUUUUUUGUUUUACAGAAAUACUGCUGAUAAAACGUGACCUUAUUUAACAAAAAAUACAAUAUAUAUAAAUACACACAAAUCUUAUCACAAACACAUAAAUCCUGAUAAGAAAUUCUCUUCCAUUUAUUUUCAAGACUGUUAAUUUCCCGUCAGUUUUCUGUAUCCUUCAACAAAAUACAAACAACUCCGUCCACGAAGGAGCCAUGGAGGCCCACAGUGCCUCAACAAUAAGACACGUGUAUCUCAGCUGCUGAAUUAAAAUGCAGCCCUUCCUAUUCAUAGAGUUUAUGUUGUUGUUUGUGUUCAUGUUUAAAUAGCCUAUGUUUUGAUUCGGUGGCAGUUGUAGUCUUACAGUGCCCUCCACUGGAUAUAAAAAAAAAGAAUACACCUAUUAUCUCAAAUAUGAUGGCAUGAGCACAAUUAUUAUUUUUUAUAAAAGCCUUGCGAAUCAUUCUUCUUCCAUGCCCAUGUUGACAAUGAUUACACUUCAGAGAGAGAACAUUAACAUUUCAGAGAAAAUAAAGUGGAGCUCAAUGAUAUUUUCAGGACAAAGGUCCACAGUUCACAUGCAUUAAUUAACUCUUCGUCCCUUUAGUUAUGGUGGACAUUACGAAGCCGGUGUACCAAGGGGGCUAUAGCGUUCUAACACCAAUCAAUAAACAACGUUUUCCCAUUAGUUCAUAAUCUCUGACCUAGCAGCCACGUAUAUGAGAAUGAGACACAUGUGUAAUCAAAAUCUGUGUUGGGGGUCUUGUCUGAAUUCCAACAUUCAAUGCAAAUAUAAUAGGGGGGACUGGCUCUUUUGUGAACACACAAUGCGCUGGUUGUUACCCUUGGGGAGAAAUUUGUGUUUCUGCUUUUGUUUGUGCAUCGUGGCAAUUUCAUUACAAGAUAAUGCGUCUAGGACAGACUUCUAAAUGCAAAAAAGCACACAAUAGUUGUAGACAAUUAAGCUAUUUUAAUGUAAGCAUACACUAGUCUCCUCUCUAGCAGAGUGAUCCCAGAAUACAGUUUCACUGAGCUAUUUAAAUAGUUUCACCCCAUGCCCAAAAUGCAGUUUUCAAUGAUCAGAUCAGGGAGAUGUUUAACCAAAGGACAGAGUUGCCUGUGUUCUCACCAAGCAUAGGAAGGCAUAAGGGAGAUCCCUGCUCCCUUGUGACCAGUUUAGCCCAGGCACAAAAGUUAACGUUAGAUAACACUAGGAACGGGUGGCUAGACAAUACAAAGAAUAGAAAACAAAGCUUAAAUUAUUAAAAGUAAACAACAUAUGGAUGACUCCAUCACACGUGCCCAUGUUGUAUUGUUCAGGCAUGGUUUAAACAUGAAUGACUCACCAAAUAAAUUAAAGACAAUUCCCCUGUUUGCUAUCUUUUCUGAC